GGGGCGGCCGGGCCGGCGGGGGGGCACGGGGAGCCCCUGUCCUCGGCUGCCCCGAGGGGCUGCGGGACGGGAGAGCGGCGCCGCUGAGCACGGCCCCUCGGGGUGUGCUGGGACAGGUGGGCGCACGGAAGCUGCGAGGCUCGGCUUCCGCACGGGGAGAGAGCCCCGCUUCUCUGGCUUCCCGUCCCCAGAGCCGCCGCGUUGGAGGGGACGGGGUGACGAGGCCCCUGGCGACCAAAAACUGGGGUGAUCAUUGCUUGUGAGAGGAGUGGUUCGCACCUCAUGGCCUCCACAAUGAGUACUGCUGUGUCGUGACGCCAGGGGUCUCGUGUGCCCUGGAGAUGCGAGACUUCCCCUGGGCAGCAGGAGGCACGCGUCUAGAGAAUGCUGGAGCUGCAGGAGGGAAGCGCCCCGUGCAAAACCAGAGAGGAGCGAAGAGAAAAAAGGCAAGCAGACAGACAGCGCUGAGAGAAGCGGGUGGCAGAAAGUGCUUCAGAGCUGCCUCUGGUGGCACAGUCCCCAGAGGAACUUGACGAGAGCCCAUCUGCCUGCGUGUGAGACUGUGAGCUCAGGAUUUCUGUCAAUGCAUUCCAGUAACCCCAAAGUGAGGAACUCCCCGUCAGGCAACACACAGAGUAGCCCCAAAUCAAAGCAGGAGGUGAUGGUCCGUCCCCCUACAGUGAUGUCCCCGUCUGGCAACCCCCAGCUGGAUUCCAAAUUUUCCAACCAGGGCAAACAAGGGGGCUCCACCAGCCAAUCGCAGCCCUCUCCCUGUGACCCCAAAAGUGGAGGUCACCCCCCCAAAGUGCUCCCUGGCCCAGGUGGGAGCAUGGGGCUAAAGAAUGGGGCCGGAAAUGGUGCCAAGGGGAAGGGGAAGAGAGAGAGAAGCAUUUCGGCAGACUCCUUUGAACAGAGGGAAGCCGGGACUCCUAAUGACGACCCUGAAAUCAAAGACUGCAAUUCUGCCGAUCAUGUGAAGUCCCAGGAUUCUCAGCACACACCACACUCCAUGACUCCUUCAAAUGCUUCAGCCCCAAGGUCUUCCACACCUUCCCAUGGCCUGACUGCUACUUUGGAGCCAGCAAGUGGGCAGAAGACUCCAUCCAAAGUGGUUUACGUCUUUUCUACUGAGAUGGCCAACAAGGCUGCAGAAGCCGUGCUGAAGGGACAGGUGGAAACCAUCGUGUCCUUUCAUAUCCAGAACAUCUCAAACAGCAAGGCGGAACGAAACACUGUACCCUUGAACCCCCAGAUCACUGCACUUCGGACUGAACCCAAGCCCCUGCCGCAGCCGCAGCCCCCUGCUGCCCAGGACCAGAACCCUCCCCAGAACGCCAAAAUGCAGCCGACUCCACCCGUGUCAGCACCAGUGUCCAAACCCACUGGUCCCCCGUGUCCCAUAGAUCAGGACAGUCCCAGCGUGGAAAGCAAAGUGAUGUCGGUGGGCAGCCCCGCCAACUCCACCCCGUUGCAGGCGGAAGGAUUUGGGCAGAGUUCGACCCCCAAUAACCGAGCAGUGAGCCCAGUUUCCCAAGGUAGCAAUAGCUCCGCUGCAGACCCCAAAGGUCCUCCCCAGCCGGUGUCUGGGGGGGACCCGUCCAGUCUGGGCGAGAAUCCGGAUGGGCUGUCGCAGGAGCAGCUGGAACACCGGGAGCGCUCGUUGCAGACCCUGAGAGACAUUCAGCGCAUGCUCUUCCCUGACGAGAAGGAGUUUGCGGGAGGGCAGAGCGGGGGGCCGCCCCCAAACUCUGGGGUGCUGGAUGGUCCCCAAAAGAAACCUGAAGGGCCGAUACAGGCCAUGAUGGCUCAAUCCCAAAGUUUAGGCAAAGGGUCAGGGUCUCGGACAGAUGGAGGGGCUCCGUUUGGCCCUCAAGGACACAGGGACAUGCCCUUUUCCCCAGAUGAAAUGGGGCCACCACCAAUGAACUCCCAGUCGGGACCCAUCGGCCCCGACCACCUGGACCACAUGACUCCCGAGCAGGUGGCCUGGCUCAAGCUGCAGCAGGAGUUUUACGAGGAGAAGAGAAGGAAGCAAGAGCAGGUGGUCGUGCAGCAGUGUUCCCUGCAGGACAUGAUGGUCCAUCAGCACGGGCCUCGCGGCGUCGUGCGAGGCCCUCCCCCCCCCUACCAGAUGACCCCAGGGGAAGGCUGGGGACCCGGGGGUCCCGAGCCCUUCCCCGAGGGCAUGAACAUGUCCCACUCUCUGCCCCCCAGGGGCAUGGCCCCUCAUCCCAACAUGCCCGGGAGCCAGAUGCGCCUGCCCGGUUUCGCGGGAAUGAUGAACCCUGACAUGGAGGGCCCCAACGUCCCGAAUCCCGCCUCCCGGCCGGGGCUUUCAGGGGUCAGUUGGCCAGACGACGUGCCAAAAAUCCCAGAUGGCCGCAACUUCCCUCCUGGCCAGGGCGUCUUCAGCGGUCCCGGCCGAGGGGAGCGGUUCCCCAACCCGCAGGGCCUGCCCGAAGAGAUCUAUCAGCAGCAGCUGGCCGAGAAGCAGAUGGGCCUCCCCCCGGGCCUCAACAUGGAGGGCAUCAGGCCCGGCAUGGAGAUCAACAGAAUGAUUCCCUCGCAGAGACACAUGGAGCCUGGGAAUAACCCCAUCUUCCCGCGCAUGCCGGUGGAAGGGCCGAUGAGCCCCUCCCGGGGGGACUUCCCCAAAGGAAUACCCCCCCAGAUGGGCUCCAGCAGGGAGCUGGAGUUCGGGAUGGGCCCUGGCAGCAUGAAGGGGGACAUGGGCAUGAAUGUCAGCAUGGGCUCCAACCCACCCCUGGUACCUCAGAAGCUGAGGGAGGCGGGAGUCGGGCCGGAAGAGAUGAUGAAGCUGCGGCCCGGUGUCUCGGAGAUGCUCUCCUCCCAGCAGAAGAUGGUGCCGUUGCCGUUCGGGGAGCACCCGCAGCAGGAGUAUGGCAUGGGUCCCAGGCCUUUCCUUCCCAUGUCUCAGGGCCCAGGAGUUGGCCUCCGAAAUCUCAGAGAACAGAUGGGGCCUGACCAAAGGACUAACAACCGGCUCAGCCACAUGCCGCCACUACCUCUCAACCCCACCAGUAACCCUAAUAGCCUCAACACUGCUCCCCCCGCACAGCGCAGCCUGGGCCGCAAGCCCCUGGAUAUCUCCGCAGCCGGUCAGGUGCAUUCUCCAGGGAUCAACCCCCUGAAGUCUCCCACCAUGCGCCAGGUCCAGUCUCCCAUGAUGGGGUCUCCCUCGGGGAACCUCAAGUCCCCCCAGACGCCCUCCCAGCUGGCAGGAAUGCUCGCGGGCCCCACUGCCGCAGCUGCUGCUGCCUCCAUUAAGUCCCCCCCGGUCUUGGGGUCUGCUGCUGCUUCUCCUGUCCACCUCAAGUCUCCGUCUCUCCCCGCACCUUCUCCGGGAUGGACUUCGUCUCCAAAGCCUCCUUUGCAGAGCCCCGGGAUUCCCCCGAACCACAAGGCGUCUCUCACCAUGUCUUCUCCGGCCAUGCUGGGGAACGUGGAGUCGGGUGGUCCACCUCCUUCCACAGUCAGCCAGUCUGCUCCUGUGACUCUCCCUGGAAAUCUUCCCUCUAGCAGUCCUUACACAAUGCCUCCGGAGCCAACCCUCUCCCAGAACCCUCUCUCCAUCAUGAUGUCCAGGAUGUCCAAAUUUGCCAUGCCCAGCUCAACACCGCUCUAUCAUGAUGCCAUCAAAACUGUGGCCAGCUCAGAUGAUGACUCCCCUCCGGCACGCUCCCCAAAUUUGCCACCUAUGAAUAGUGUACCAGGAAUGGGCAUUAAUUCUCAGAAUCCUCGAAUUUCAGGUCCAAACCCAGUGGGUCCAAUGCCAACCCUUAGCCCAAUGGGAAUGACCCAGCCUCUUUCCCACAACAACCAGAUGCCCUCUCCAAAUGCUAUGGGACCCAAUAUACCUCCUCACGGGGUCCCCGUGGGACCCGGCCUGAUGUCACACAACCCGAUGAUGGGGCACGGUUCCCAAGAGUCUCCAAUGGUACCUCAAGGACGCCUGGGCUUCCCGCAGGGGUUCCCUCCCGUACAGUCCCCUCCACAGCAGGUGCCAUUUCCCCACAACGGGCCGAGCGGCGGGCAAGGCAACUUCCCGGCGGGAAUGGGCUUCCACGGAGAAGGACCUCUGGGGCGUCCUACCAACCUGCCCCAAAGCUCGACAGAUCCAGCACUUUGCAAGACUGGAGGCCCUGGCGGUCCAGACUCCUUCACUGUUCUUGGAAACAAUAUGCCUUCGGUUUUCACCGAUCCGGAGCUGCAGGAGGUGAUCCGUCCCGGAGCCACGGGAAUACCGGAGUUCGACCUCUCCCGGAUUAUCCCGUCGGAGAAGCCGAGCCAGACACUACAGUAUUUCCCUCGCGGGGAGGUGCCGGGCCGCAAGCAACCGCAGGGGCCCGGGCCCGGCUUCUCCCACAUGCAGGGGAUGAUAGGAGAGCAGACCCCGCGGAUGGGACUAACGUUGCCUGGCAUGGGGGGCCCCGGGCCGGUGGGGACUCCGGAUAUCCCUCUCGGGACGGCUCCGUCCAUGCCGGGCCACAACCCGAUGAGACCGCCGGCCUUCCUGCAGCAGGGCAUGAUGGGGCCGCACCAUCGCAUGAUGGCACCAGCACAGACGGCGAUGCCCGGGCAGCCCGCGCUAAUGAGCAACCCCGUGGCCGCCGUGGGCAUGAUCCCAGGCAAGGACCGAGCCCCCGCGGGGCUGUACAGCCACCCGGGCCCCGUCGGGUCACCCGGCAUGAUGAUGUCAAUGCAGGGCAUGAUGGGACCCCAACAGAACAUCAUGAUUCCCCCCCAGAUGAGGCCCCGAGGCAUGGCUGCUGACGUGGGCAUGGGAGGAUUUAGCCAAGGCCCUGGAAACCCAGGGAACAUGAUGUUUUAAGCUGCUACCGUAAGACUGGAUUGUUCUGAUCCUUGUGAAGAUGAGAUUCCAAGUCCUGAGGGCUUUUUUGGGAGCUUCAGGAGUACAGUUUGGCCAUGCAAUAGGUGAAAAGAGACCAGAGGACGCUUUGGGAAAUCUCGAAUGUAUGGAAUUACCUGAAAAAAAAAUUAUUCAUUUUAACAGGUUGUUUUUUUUUUAAGAUUUAUUUUUUAAAAAUUAUUUUUGUGGACUUGGGUAUCCCGUGAUGGCACCUGCUUUGAGAAUCUGUAGCUGUAUUUUGAGAAUUGCCAUUUGUCACAAGUUGCACCAUUCUCUGUAUGUUUACGUCCUUCGGACUGGCUUCUCCCAGGACUCUCGGUUAUUUUUGGGGUUUUUUGUGUACUGUACUAUAUUGUAAAAGGGAUUUUAGCAGAGACUUUAGUCUUUGGGGUGAGAGGAGAAUGGGAUUCUAGGCUGUUUACUUUAGGUGGAGAAUCCAUCUUCAGAACUUCGGACUAUUUUCCUUCAACUCCAAUGUAUAGAAAAACCAAACUACGACCUCAGAGCAGAGUAUUAAUGAAAAGCACAAAAAGGAACUUAAGUUCAGUGAGGGGAAUCUUUUAAAAGAAAUAAAUAAUAAGUUAAGGACAUAUUUUUCAAAUUAUGGCGUGCUGUCCAGCACCUUCUGUCUCUCCCUCCCACUCUUUAUUAAAUAGGCUUCUCUCUCUCUCCGUCCCCCUUCUGUCUCCUCCUAUGGCAGCUGCAAUACAUUGUGUUAUUUUGGGGGGUAAACCUAGGAGCGCCUCUCCUCCUGUGGGGACUCUUCCCACUUUUAGGAAGGGGCUGGACUUGGACACUGUUACAUUCUACAGUAGUCUCUCUCACUGUUUCCUAUUCUCCUUUUCUUAGAAACCCCAAGUGAUUUUAUUAAUGUGGGAGUGGAACAGACACUAAAAGUUAUCCAGGAUUUUUUUGUGGUUAUUUUUUUUUCCUCCCCAGCGUAAAACGUUCUGUGUAACCUCCAUUAAAUUUGGUACAAAACCACUCGCCAGGGCUGUGGUGUCAGAAAAAUAAAAUAUAUUGUUUC